UGCUCGCAGUAAUGUGCUCGCGGCCGUGAAGUGCUCAGUGUUCCCAUGGAUUGACGUAUGACGUGACGAUGUCACAGGCCCCCGGCGGCAAAAAGGGCGGAAAGGGCCCGCCGAAGAAGACCAAUGUGGACGAGGACAAGAACGCGCCGGCUAAGGCGACGGAGGAGAAGGAUGAGACGUCUUCUAAUAAUGGAGACAAGAAGGAGGCCAAGGAUGCGCCCAACGGCGGCGAGAGCGUGGCCAAGCCGCCCAGCGCCGGGGUCAACAUCCGAGAGGUGGCGACCAAGAUCCUGACACUGGCGCAGAAGGGCGAGUGGCCGGCCGUGGAGCAGACCCUCAAGGUGCUGGAGAAGCUGGUGGCGGCAGGCGGCGAAGACGCCGUCACCGUGCCCAUGGCCGGCAUACUCGAUCCGACAACAGGCAUGACCCCGCUGAUGUUCGCGGUGAAGGACAACCGGACCUCCUUCGUGGAGCGGCUCAUCGAGCUGGGGUCAGACGUCGGCGCCAGGAACAAUGACAACUACAACGUGCUGCACAUAUCGGCGAUGUACGCGAGGGAGGACAUCGUCAAGCUGCUGCUCUCCAAGAGAGGGGUGGACCCUUUUGCCACUGGAGGGAGCCGACAACAGACGGCAGUGCACCUGGUGGCCAGCAGGCAGACCGGCACCGCCACCAGUAUCCUGCGCGCGCUGCUCACGGCAGCCGGCAAGGACAUCCGCCUCAGGAUCGACGGGAGGGGGAAGAUCCCGCUGCUGCUGGCGGUGGAGGCGGGCAACCAGAGCAUGGUGCGCGAGCUCCUCAGCGCGCAGACCGCCGAGCAGCUCAAGGCGUCGACUCCGGCCGGAGACACGGCCCUGCACUUGGCGGCGAGGCGCCGUGACGUGGACAUGGCGCGUAUCCUGGUGGACUACGGAGCCGCGGUGGACGCCGUCAACGGCGCCGGCCAGACGGCGCUGCACAUCGCCGCCGCGGAGGGAGACGAGCCGCUCGUCAAGUACUUCUAUGGCGUGCGCGCGAACGCGGCGAUAGCUGACAAUGAAGACCGAACCCCGAUGCACUUGGCGGCGGAGAACGGCCACGCGGCGGUCAUCGAGCUGCUGGCCGACAAGUUCAAGGCGUCCAUCUUCGAGCGCACCAAGGACGGCAGCACGCUCAUGCACAUCGCCUCGCUCAAUGGCCACGCCGACUGCGCCAUGAUGCUCUUCAAGAAGGGCGUCUACCUCCACAUGCCAAACAAGGAUGGGGCGAGGAGUAUCCAUACAGCAGCGCGGUACGGUCACGUGGGCAUCAUCAACACUCUCCUGCAGAAGGGGGAGAGCGUCGACGUCACCACCAACGACAACUACACGGCGCUGCACAUAGCGGUAGAGUCGUGCAAGCCGGCCGUGGUGGAGACCCUGCUGGGAUAUGGGGCUGACGUGCACAUUAGAGGAGGCAAGCAGCGCGAGACACCUCUACACAUCGCUGCCAGGAUACCAGACGGUGACAAAUGCGCGCUAAUGCUGCUGAAGUCGGGCGCGGGCCCCAACAAGGCGACGGAAGACGGCAUGACGCCGGUGCACGUGGCCGCCAAGUUCGGCAACCUGGCCACGCUGCUGCUGCUGCUCGAGGACGGCGGCGACCCGCUUAAGAAGACCAAGACUGGCGAAACUCCACUACAAAUGGCAUGCCGGAGCUGUAAGCCCGACGUCGUGCGGCAUCUAAUAGAGUUCGUCAAAGACCACAAGGGCGACAGCGUCGCCACGUCCUACAUCGACGCCGUCGACGAAGACGGUGCCAGCGCCUUGCACUACGGCUGCAAAAUCACAAAAGAAGAAGUCAAAACGGCCUCAGCAGAUCGCGAAGUUGUCAAGUGCCUCAUAGAAAACGGAGCUGAUGUAACGAUCGUAACGAAGCACAACCUGGAAACCGCGUUUCACGUCUGCGCCGUCGCUGGCAACAACGACGUCAUGAGCGAGAUGAUCGCUCACAUCUCUUCGGCGGACGUCGGGAGAGCCCUCAAUAAACAGAACAACAUCGGCUGGACACCGCUGCUUAUAGCCUGCCACAGAGGACACAUGGAACUCGUCAGCACCUUAUUGACAAACCACGCCAGGGUAGACGUCUUUGAUGUUGAGGGCAGAUCCGCUCUCCAUCUAGCGGCAGAGCAUGGAUACUUACAAGUUUGCGACGCUUUAUUAACUAACAAAGCAUUUAUUAAUUCUAAAGCGCGAAACGGAAGGACAGCACUGCAUUUAGCAGCGAUGAACGGCUACACGCAUUUAGUGAAGUUUCUUAUUAGGGACCACAACGCAAUGAUCGAUGUUCUGACCUUAAAGAAGCAGACGCCCUUGCAUUUAGCAGCAGCCAGUGGCCAAAUUGAAGUGUGCAAGCUUUUGCUAGAACUCGGGGCGAACAUUGACGCAACGGACGAGCUAGGUCAAAAGCCGAUCCAUGCGGCGGCUCAGAACAAUUUUUCUGAAGUUGUACAACUAUUUUUACAGCAGCAUCCAAAUCUUGUGAUGGCGACAACAAAGGACGGAAACACGUGUGCGCAUAUAGCGGCUAUUCAGGGUUCAGUGAAAGUGAUUGAAGAGCUGAUGAAGUUCGAUCGGACUGGUGUGAUCUCCGCGCGGAAUAAGUUAAAUGACUCCACUCCUUUGCAAUUGGCCGCCGAGGGCGGUCACGCUGACGUAGUGAAAGUGUUGGUCAGGGCUGGCGCUUCGUGUACGGACGAAAAUAAGGCUGGGCUGACGGCAGUCCAUUUGGCAGCCGAACAUGGACAUACCAAUGUGUUAGAUGUUAUGCGUUCCACAAACACACUGAGGAUAUCCAGUAAAAAGUUGGGUUUAACUCCACUUCACAUAGCAGCUUACUAUGGACAAGCAGAAACGGUACGAGAGCUGUUGUCCCACGUGCCCGGGACGGUGAAGUCCGAGCCGCCCACGGGCGUGUCGCUGGUGCCGGUGCUGGGCGCGGAGUCGGGCCUGACGCCGCUGCACCUGGCCGCCUACAACGGCAACGAGAACGUCGUGCGUCUGCUGCUCAACUCCGCCGGCGUGCAAGUGGACGCCGCCUCCACUGAAAACGGCUUCAAUCCACUGCACUUGGCGUGCUUCGGAGGCCACAUGUCAAUAGUGGGUCUUCUCCUUAGUAGAUCAGCAGAGCUACUACAAAGUACUGAUCGCCACGGCAAAACCGGUCUCCACAUAGCGUCAACAUACGGCCACUACCAGAUGGUCGAAGUGUUAUUAGGGCAGGGAGCUGAAAUAAAUUGCACGGACAAAAAUGGGUGGACACCUCUACAUUGUGCAGCUAAAGCAGGCCACCUUAACGUGGUUAAACUUUUAUGUGAAUCGGGAGCUUCUCCAAAAAGUGAAACGAAUUUAAACUGUGCCCCUAUCUGGUUCGCGGCCUCAGAGAACCACAAUGAUGUGCUGGAAUACUUGCUCCACAAAGAACACGACACUCAGUCCUUGAUGGACGACAAGCGGUUCGUGUACAACUUGAUGGUGUGCUCGAAGAACCACAACAAUUUACCAAUCGAGGAGUUUGUGCUGGUGUCGCCGGCGCCGGUCGACACCGCUGCGAAGUUAUCCAACAUCUACAUCACCCUAUCCACUAAGGAAAAGGAGCGUGCCAAAGACCUCAUCGCAGCGGGGAAACAAUGCGAGGCUAUGGCCACCGAGCUGCUCGCGCUGGCCGCCGGCGCGGACUCGGCCGGCCACAUCCUCACCGCCACGGACAACAGAAACAUCGAGUUCCUCGACGUUCUCAUAGAGAACGAGCAAAAGGAAGUCAUUGCCCACACAGUCGUUCAAAGAUAUCUUCAGGAACUCUGGAGAGGGAGCCUCAAAUGGUCGGGCAUCAAAAUAAUGAUCCUUUUUUUCGCUUUUAUAGUUUGUCCACCAGUCUGGAUGGUGUUCUCUCUUCCCUUAGGUCAUAAGUUUAAUAAAAUCCCCAUUAUGAAGUUCAUGUCGUACCUAACGGCCCACAUAUAUCUCAUGAUACUGUUAUCUCUCGUAGCUAUAACGCCUAUCUAUAGUUCAAUAUUUAGAGAAAGUUUAGUUCCCAGGUGGUAUGAGUGGAUGCUACUAAUAUCACUCAGCGGGCUUCUGCUCUUCGAGCUUACCAAUCCUAGUGAUAAGUCGGGCUUGGGGUGGAUCAAAAUAGCUGUCCUGUUAUUCGGGAUGAUCGGAGUGGCCACUCACGUCAUAGGCUGGAUGACCGUCCAGCCUAAAUAUUGGCCGACAUUAAUGUACUGUAGAAAUCAGUGUUUCGCUUUAUCUUUUCUAUUGGCCUGCGUUCAAAUAUUAGACUUCCUCUCUUUCCACCAUCUCUUCGGACCGUGGGCAAUCAUCAUCGGUGAUCUCAUGAAGGACUUGGGGAGGUUCCUCGCGGUGCUAGCGAUAUUCGUGUUCGGAUUCUCGAUGCACAUCGUGGCUCUGAACCAACCGUUUAGGAAUAUACUCAAAGUGGAGGACAAUAAGUAUGCACGACAGAUGAGAAAGAAGAUAUUUUCCGACGCGACGUUGACACCGAUCGAGGCCUUCGAGAAAUUGUUCUUCGCCCUUUUCGGCCAGACCACAUUGUCCGACCUGAACUACGUGACAACCUUGCGGCCCCUGUGGACCCAGAACAUAUUCAAGUUCGUGUUCGGCGCGUACUUGCUGAUGUCUGUCGUGGUGCUAGUAACGCUCCUAAUUGCGAUGAUGUCGGACACUUACCAGCGCAUCCAGGCACAAUCCGACAUCGAGUGGAAGUACGGUCUGUCCAAACUGAUCAGGAACAUGCACAGGACCAACACGGCUCCCUCCCCACUCAAUUUGGUCACCACCUGGCUCAUGUGGCUUAUUGCCAGGUGUAAGGAACGAAUAAGCAAGAAGAAGAGGCCAAGCCUUGUGCACAUGAUCGGCCUCCAGCGGCAGGACCAGAUGAGCGCCAGGUCCAAGGCCGGGGCCAAGUGGCUGUCCAAGGUCAAACGAGACUCGACGCGUCUAUCUGUAGUGCACCUCAGCCCGCUCGGCUCGCAGAUGAGCUUCAACAACAUGACGCGGAUAGAGAACGUGGUGGACUGGGAGGUCAUCGCCAAGAAGUACCGCGCGCUCAUGAGGGACUCUGACUCCGAGGAGCACCACUCCAAAGAGCGGCGAGGAGGACACGGCCGAUGAUGUCUCCGAGAUCAUGCCCAACAACAUCCCUCCUCCCUGAAACAACGGAGAGAUGUGUGAUAAAAUAUUUUUAAAGCAAUAGCUGAAUGCUGAUCCAAGUGUCACCAACUUAACACAUAUUGAAGAUUCCGGUUCCAGCACCACGGGAUCGGGGACCAAAGAGGACUUGGUAAAGUGUGUGGUAGUUGUAAAGGGCUUCCCUUCUAAAAUCGGGUUAGUUUCUACUUCCAGAUUAUAGUCGAUACGUAUUUGAUGUCUUCGAUGGCGAUGUAGUGAUGUUGUCAUGAGUAAUAAUUAGGUAUUAUCGGUAAGUAAGUUUAAACAUUUUGUGAUGGUUAAGUGUCACUAAGCAAUCUAAGAUUCUAAAUAAUAGUUGACGAUAAAGUGCCUAAAUAAAAACACAGAAAAUAUUAUUUGUAUCGUAAGAAUUGUAAGUAAUGCAUUUUGUAUGGUGACAUCGUAAGAGGAAUUUACAUUUCAAUAUAAAUUGCAACUACUUAGGUAUUAUUAUUAUUAAAAUAU